AUGUCCAACGCCAUGUCACAACGCGCCUCUGAGGAACCAGAGGACCAAGUCCAGGGGGCAUCGAACACGGCCGGCACCGCUGUAGACGCCACCACCAUUAACGGCACCAGCGGCAACACAGACAUCAGUGAAGAGGAUUCCGAUGCCUGGUACCGGAACCACAACGUGCCACCAAACUCCUUUGCAUCCUCCUCCUCCCGCUCCUCCUCCCGCUCCUCCUCCUCCACCUCAUCGGUGGCCACAACACCGGGGUUCACCAACUCCGACUCCAUCUCGAACAACAGCGCAGGGACGCGAGAAACAUCACCCCCUUCGCGAGCCACUUCCGGAGAUGGAUCCCCGGUUAUAAACCAUCAUCAUCAGCAACCCCAACACCACCCCCAGCAGCACAACCAUCACCCUCAUCCCAACCCCAUUCCCAUCCCCAACCACAACCACAACCUCAAUCACCCCCAGAGCAACCAGCACCCUCCCCCCGCUCAAGACCCCCUCUUCCGCCGCCUCUGCACCACCUGGCUCCGCCACCUACACCAUGUCCUCCAAGCCCACGCUUUGGUUGUCCGCGCCCAACACAUCCACGACACCAGAUGGCUGCAAGUUAAUUCCCACCUCUUGUGGACAGUGGCGCCGUUGACGGAAGAGGCAAGGCUGUGGUGGGUUGCGUGGCACACGCAGAACGAACGGCGGAUGUUGCGCGAGGCGGAGUGGCGGUUGUGGGUGUUGAUGAAUGAGGAUACGCCGCGGUUGGUGAGGGUGGUGAGGGGGCAUGACGCACAUGUGGACAUGCACUUCCAUCAAGGAAAUCUGGGAUGGAAGUUUCCAGAAUCCCAUCUUCCAUCUCUCAUCACUUUUGCCAUCACCAUAGCCAACAAAAUCACAAUAGUGAACCAACACAAUAGGCGCUUCGUAAUGGCACAACCACAACUUUCAACCACCAUACGCAUCCCGCCGGCUCUGUCCAGCAUGGACCAAAGCGACAUCGAUGUUCUCUUUCAUCACCCCAUCCCAACGGAGCCUCGCUCCAAACCAAGAGAAGCCGAAAGAAACAUAACCAUCGCCUCCAAGGACGAGACUCGCCAAACGGCAGUGUCGCCUACCAUCCACCCGGACGCUUCAGAGGACAUUCCAAGGCCCGCAACUCUGAGUACAUCUACGCCGGCUUGUUAUGAUACUUACUCAGCACUACUAAUCGUGGCAUGGCUUGGUACCUUGCCGGAUUAUCUUCCUCCCCGCAGAAGACGACAAAGAUGUCGCGUGCACUGCCGACGACACCAACAUGCACGCCAUUGUUUCGGCGGCGUCGACCAUACGGCAGAAGAAGGAAUGGACUUGGAUGGAUUUGAGGAGAAGGAGUGUGAUAUGGUAUAG